AUGGCGUACAACCACCCAAAACUAUAUAAUCUCUUGCAAACCUGCGCAUCCCUCGACGCUCUCAAACAGCUCCAUGGUCUAGCCAUUACAACCUCCCUCUCUUCGAAUCUUCUCAUCAUCUCCAAAAUCCUCGCUCUUUCUGCAACUUCUACCUUUUCCGAUCUCGACUAUGCUAGAGAAAUCUUCCAUUCAAUCGAAAACCCCACAACCCACGCAUGGAAUUCAAUGAUAAGAGGAUUAUCGGCUUCAAGCUUCCCGGAAAGAGCCCUCUCCACCUACGCCCGUAUGCUUGUUUCAGGUAGAUUUCCUGAUAAUUUCACCUUCCCUUUUCUCUUAAAAUCUUGCUCGUUUCUGCAAGCGCUGGCUCAAGGAGAAUCGGUCCAUGUUCAUGUGAUUAAGCACGGCUUCGACAAGGAUGCUUUCGUGCAGAGCGCUCUGAUUCAUAUGUAUGGGAAAUGCGGUAGAAUUCAAUGUGCCCAUAAGGUGUUUGAUGAAAUUCUUGUGAAGAAUGUUGUUGUUUGGACAACGAUGAUUAAUGGGUAUGUUCGGAUUGGUGGGUUUAAGGAAGCGAUUGAGUUGUUUAGGGAAAUGGGAUCAGAGAAUGUGAGGCCGGAUGAGGUUACGUUGGCAAGUGUGUUGACUGCAUGUGCGAGUUUAGGGGAUUUGGAAUUGGGUAGGUGGAUCCAUGGUCUUCUAGGCGAGAAAGAUGUUGUUUUGGCGACUGCUCUCACUGAUAUGUAUGCCAAAUGUGGGAGUAUUGAGAAUGCACAUGAAGUGUUCAGUAGAGCACCUCAAAGGGAUUUAGUUUUGUGGACAGUGAUGAUUAGUGGUUAUGUUAGGUGCAAUUGUUUUAGAGAAGCUUUUGAGCUUUUCAGAGAGAUGAUUUUGGAGAAUUUUAAACCAGAUGAGGCUAUUCUUGCCAAUGUGGUAUCUGGUUGUGCAAGAUCAGGGGACCUGGAUAUGGGCAAAUGGAUUCAUCAUUAUAUAGAGCUUCAUGGUGUUGAUUACAGUAUUAUGAUUGGAACUGCUUUGAUAGAUAUGUAUUCUAAAUGUGGAGAAAUUGACGUCGCAUAUCAACUUUUCAAGAGAAUGCAGGAAACAAAUGUUUGCUCUUGGAAUGCCAUGAUGGGUGGACUUGCUAUGCAUGGUGAAGCAAAUAGAGCCCUUGAUCUCUUUGCUCAAAUGCAAGGAUUUGGUGUGGAACCGGAUGAAGUUACCUUCAUCUGCAUCUUGACUGCCUGUAACCAUGUCGGGUUGGUGGACAAGGGCCAGCACUUCUUCAAUUGCAUGAGUGGAGUCCAUGGCAUUGAGCCAAAGCUUGAACACUAUGCAUGCAUGGUUGACCUUCUAGGUCGCUCGGGGCAUCUAAGAGAGGCAGAAGAACUCAUUAAAAGUAUGCCGAUGAAGCCUGAUGCUGUUGUAUGGGGAGCCCUUCUCAGUGCCUCAAGAGUCCACCACAAUGUUGACCUGGCUGAAAGAGCAGCAGAACUGCUUCUCGUGUUGGAACCUUAUAAUCAUGGCAUCUACGUGUUGUUGUCAAACACAUACAGUGCAUCGAAAAGAUGGCAAGAUGCAGACAAGGUGAGGGAGCUGAUGAAGUUGCGUGGCAUCAAGAAGACAAGAGGGUGCAGUUCAAUCAAGGUGAAUGGCACGGUCCAUGAAUUUGUUGUAGGGGAUAGAUCACAUCCUAGAGCCAAAGAAAUCUAUGAGAAUUUGGACACAACAGUAAAAAGGUUGGGAUUGAUGGGGUAUGUAGCAAAAACAUCCCAUGUGUUGUUUGACAUAGAAGAGGAGGAGAAAGAUCAUCAACUUUCUCAUCACAGUGAAAAGCUUGCUCUUUCUUUUGGUCUUAUCAGCACAAGCCCAAGAACAACAUUAAACAUAUUGAAAAACCUUAGAAUAUGUGAAGAUUGCCAUUCUUUUGCAAAGCUAAUCUCUAAAAGUUAUAAUAGAAGAAUUGUUAUUAGGGAUCUUUAUAGAUUUCACCAUUUUGCAGAAGGGUCAUGCACAUGUCGAGAUUAUUGGUGA